CAAGUUAUAUAAAAAGGGGCGUCAGUCGGAAGCAGCGCAGUGUUGCUGCAGCAUCACAGAGAGUAGGAGGUCUGAACUUGCAACCCAUUAAGCUGUGAUCAUGUCAAACCUUUGCGUUGGAAUCAACGGAUUUGGCCGCAUCGGCCGUCUGGUCCUCCGGGCCUGCCUGCAGAAAGGAAUUAAAGUCGCGGCCAUCAACGACCCUUUCAUUGACCUGAAGUACAUGGUCUACAUGUUCAAGUAUGACUCCACCCACGGACGCUACAAAGGAGAGGUGCAUCAUGAGGAUGGCAAGCUCAUCGUUGAUGGCCAGGCUAUCUCUGUUUACCAGUGUAUGAAGCCUGCUGAGAUCCCAUGGGGCGAUGCCGGCGCUCUGUACGUCGUAGAGUCCACUGGAGUCUUCCUCAGCAUCGAGAAAGCCUCUGCUCACUUGCAAGGUGGAGCCAAGCGUGUGGUAGUCUCCGCCCCCUCUCCUGACGCCCCCAUGUUUGUGAUGGGAGUCAACCACGAAAAGUACGACCCCUCCAGCAUGACCAUCGUCAGCAAUGCAUCCUGCACGACUAACUGCUUGGCUCCCUUGGCCAAAGUCCUCCAUGACAGCUUUGGUAUCGAGGAGGCUCUCAUGACAACAGUCCAUGCCUACACUGCCACCCAGAAGACAGUGGAUGGUCCCUCUGCUAAGGCCUGGCGCGACGGCCGCGGCGCUCACCAGAACAUCAUCCCCGCCUCCACAGGAGCCGCCAAGGCUGUGGGAAAAGUCAUCCCAGAACUCAACGGGAAGUUGACCGGGAUGGCAUUCCGCGUCCCUGUAGCUGACGUCUCUGUUGUGGAUCUCACCUGCCGUCUCUCGACCGCCGCCAGCUACGCUGACAUCAAGGAGGCUGUUAAGAAGGCUUCUCAUGGAGCCCUGGAGGGAAUUCUGGGAUACACAGAGGACUCUGUCGUGUCCUCUGACUUUGUUGGUGACACCCACUCCUCCAUCUUUGACGCUGGUGCUGGUAUUUCCCUAAAUGACAACUUUGUCAAGCUCAUUUCCUGGUAUGAUAACGAGUUUGGUUACAGCCACCGUGUUGCUGACCUCUUACUGUACAUGCACUCCAAGGAGUAAACCUCAAACCGAAGAACCCAGACCAGAACCGCAUUCCUUCUAUUAGAUGCACUCGAGUCAUAGCUGAAGCGCUAACAUCCCACAAACUCUCUACAAGACCAGCUAGUCUCUGUAGUGAUGUGUGUAUGCGCAUGUGUGUGUUUUUGUUUAGUUUUCCUUUUGCCUGGAGGUGUUUGAGUGAGUUGAACAGUAUUUGUGUCUGUGUCGCCUCAUGAAGCGUUGCUGUAGACGUUACCAUACUGAUGUUACUGUUACACUGGUGUCAAGAUCCACAGUUAAUGUUAAGUGAGGGAAAGUGCUGUGUUAGUCUAAAAGAAACUAUCAAAUAAAUAGUUUGGUGAAAAUA